AUGCAAACAUUCGAAAAUGGCAUUUUAAACAUUCCCUUCCACUUUGCUCUUUCUCUGGAAGCUGCUAGUUUUCCCAUUUUAACCUUAUUACUUUUUUCGACCGUCGGCUUCUUUUUCUUUCUUUUUUAUUUAGAUAUAAUUUUCUUUCUUUUCUCUUUCAUUUCUUUUUUCUUGCCGUCUGGUUUCCUUCUUUCUUAUGUGUGUAUUUCUUCUUUCUUUUUUUUUUUCUUUCGCUUUCUUAACUUCCAGUUUAAAUCUGUUUCUUUCUUUUCUCUCCGUUUAUUUCAUUCGCCUUUUUAUCUUCCAGUGUCUAUCUUUCUUUCUAUCUUUCUUUCUUUCUUUCUUUCUUUCUUUCUUUCUUUCUUUCUUUCUUAUUUAGGAAUGUGUUUCUUUUCUUUUCAUUUCUUCUUUUCGCUUUCUUAUCUCCCAUUUUUUCUUUCUUUCUUUUUUCUUAUUUAUUCAGAAAUCUUGUCUAUCUUUCUUUCUUUCUUUCUCUCUUUCUUUCUUUCUUUCUUUCUCUCUUUCUUUCUUUCUUUCUUUCUUUCUUAUUUAGGAAUGUUUCUUUUCUUUUCAUUUCUUCUUUUCGCUUUCUUAUCUCCCAUUUUUUCUUUCUUUCUUUUUUCUUAUUUAUUCAGAAAUCUGUUUCUUUCUUUUCUCUCCGUUUAUUUCAUUCGCUUUCUUAUCUUUCUUUCUUUCUUUCUUUCUUUCUUUCUUUCUUUCUUUCUUUCUUUCUUUCUUUCUUUCUUAUUUAGGAAUAUGUUUCUUUCUUUUCUUUUCAUUUCUUCUUUUCGCUUUCUUAUCUCCCAUUUUUUUUCUUUUUUCUUAUUUAUUCAGAAAUCUGUUUCUUUCUUUUCUCUUCAUUUCUUUUCUUCUCAUUUUUCAGUUUUUUUCGUGUUUUCUUUUUCUUUCCUCAUUUAUUUGUUUCAUUCUUCUCUUUUUGUUUUAUUUUUCAAAACUUUUUCUUCGUUUUCUACGCCUUUUACUAUUUCUUUCCUCUUGAAAAUGUUCCUCUCACAUUUUCCCACAUUAUCAACAUUCAUUUCCUCAGUAUCUUUCUUUUCAAUAUUUUUCCUUCCUUCCUUUCUCAGUUUCGUUCACUUUUCUUUUCUUUCCAUUAUUUUGUCAUUCGUUCUCUUUCAUUUCGCUUAUAUUCUUCCUCUCUUUCAUUUCAUUUUAUCUUUCUUUCUUCAGUUCUUUGAUUUAUUUGUAAUAACCGAUCUCCCAUUUUUCAAUUUUCCUUCUUCGAUCCCUGAUCCAUCUUUCAGCGUCUUCCGAUCAAAAUUCCUCUUACAACUCAACCGCUCACACCCACCACUUGAUUCGAUCACCGUUUCUUGUCUUCGAUCAUUGAUUUCUCAUCAUCCGCGAUCUUCUUCGAUCUUAGUUUGUAUUUUUUUUUCGAAUCGCUUUCAUGUAAUCGGAAUAAUAAGCAAUUCUCUCCCUCAUCUUCUCUCAAUACCCCUCUCUCAUAUUGUCCUCUCAGUUUUUAUACUCACAACCUACUCAUUCAUAUUCAUAUUGCCACUCACAUUCAUAUUUUCAUUCAUUCUUUAUUCUCGCUUCCUUUUGCUCUCAUAUUUACAUAAUGCACCUCCCUUGUAUUUUCUUUGCCUCUCCCUUCUCUCUCUCUUUCUUUCUCUCUCUCUCUUUCUCUCUCUCCCUCUCUCUCUCUUUGUCCCACUCUUACCUCACUCUUCUCUUCAUAUUCACAUAUUUGCCCCCCACCCAUUGUUUUCCCUUUUUCUUUCUCUCCUUAUUUGUAUUCUAUCUAUCUAUCUAUCUAUCUAUCUAUCUAUCUAUCUAUCUAUCUAUCUUAGCUUUGUCAAAUCUAUCUACCUAUCCAUCUAUCUAUCGAUUUAUCGUAUUUUCUUGGUAUCUCUCUAUCUCUAUCUCUGUAUCUCUAUCUAUCUAUCUAUCUAUCUAUCUAUCUAUCUAUCUAUCUAUCUAUCUAUCUAUCUAUCUCAUUCUUCUCGUAUUUAUCUCUCACAUUUUCCAAGUAUCUAUCUAUCUAUCUAUCUAUCUAUCUAUCUUAGCUUUGUCAAAUCUAUCUACCUAUCCAUCUAUCUAUCGAUUUAUCGUAUUUUCUUGGUAUCUCUCUAUCUCUAUCUCUGUAUCUCUAUCUCUGUAUCUCUAUCUAUCUAUCUAUCUAUCUAUCUAUCUAUCUAUCUAUCUAUCUAUCUAUCUCAUUCUUCUCGUAUUUAUCUCUCACAUUUUCCAAGUAUCUAUCUAUCUAUCUAUCUAUCUAUCUUAGCUUUGUCAAAUCUAUCUACCUAUCCAUCUAUCUAUCGAUUUAUCGUAUUUUCUUGGUAUCUCUCUAUCACUAUCUCUGUAUCUCUAUCUCUGUAUCUCUAUCUAUCUAUCUUUCUAUCUAUCUAUCUAUCUAUCUAUCUAUCAUCUAUCUAUCUAUCUCAUUCUUCUCAUAUUUAUCUCUCACAUUUUCCAACUAGCUGUCUAUGUCUUUAUUCCUAUCUAUCUAUCUAUCUAUCUAUCUAUCUAUCUAUUUUUUUUUCUACUGUUACUCCCAUUUUUCUUCUUCUAAUACUACUAUUACAACUUCCAUUCAUCUUCUUCCUCUUGUCUACUUCUUUUUCUUCUUCUUCUUCUUCUUCUUCUACUACUACUACUACUACUACUACUACUACUACUACUAUAACUCCUAUUCUUUUUUUCUUUUUCUCUACUGCAACUACCAUUCUUCUUUUUUCUAUACUAACUUCCAUUCUUUUUCUAGUCGUCUUCUUUUUCCACUACAACCACCAUUCUUCUUCUGGUCUUCUCCGACUUUCUUCUUUUUCUUCUUCAACUACUACUACUACUAAUAAUAAUAAUAAUAAUAAUAAUAAUAAUAAUAAUAAUAAUAAUAAUAAUAAUAAUACAGGUCCCUUUUUUUCUGUCCAUCUCCUUCUUAUUCUAAUACAACUAUUCUUUUUCUCUACUAUUGAACUUCUUCUUCUACUCCUCCACUCUCCUCCUACUCCUCUUGUUCUUCUUUCAUUUUUACCCCCUUUUUCCUUUAUAUCCUCGGUUAACUUUCCCAUUCUUUAUUACUUUAUUUCAUUCUUCUUUAUUUUUAAAUAA